GCGAGCUCAGUGUCCACCGAAUCAACCAAAAUAAAUUUAAAAAAUGAGUGUCUAUAAUACAUUAUUUAAAAAAUUUAAUCAAGUGAGCAUUUGUGCCGUUUCAUUUCUUGCAGUUCUCGCCCAAAGCGAGGACAAAAAUCUGCUUACCAUCGGCCGGGUUUCAGUUUAGACACGUCAUUUUUACUUGGGUUCCAGAUCCGAAAGUCAAAAGGCUUAGGGUAAAAAAAACAAAAACAUGUCGGAAAGUACGAAAGUGGGAAAAAGGGGCAUUUAUCAGCUGAGGAAACUUCUGAACGUGACAGCAACUGCCCAUCCCAUUUUUGUCAUUUCAAAAACCUCAAACUAAUUUCUUUUGACCAAUCACAAAACUCGAAGUGUUCCAGUUUCGGUUCGGACAAACAAAAACAGCUUUGUUUUAACGUUCCUCCUUAACUCUCAUAACUCCCUUGACUCUGAUUUGACGUAGAAAAGGAAAUUUGGGCUUUUCGUUUUGGUUUUUAUAGAAUGGGCAACUGCAACGGCCUUCCGUCCACCAAUAACCAGUUUGGACCAGAGUCCUGCGGCGGCCCCCACGAUGGCAUCAAUGUCAAACCUGCCGAACCAUCACCGCCGAGACCCCAACAACCUUCAAUCCACCACCACCCUUCCGCCGCUGCCUCCAAUCACCGCCUUGCUACCUCCACCACUCCUCCGAUUGGUCGCGUUCUCGGCCGUCCCAUGGAGGACGUCCAGUCUAAUUACGUCUUCGGCCGCGAGCUUGGCCGCGGGCAGUUUGGUGUUACCUACUUGGUUACUCAUAAAGAAACCAACCAGCAGUUCGCUUGUAAAUCUAUCGCCACGCGUAAGCUUAUCAACCGUGAUGAUAUCGAAGACGCCCGCCGUGAAGUCCAGAUCAUGCACCACCUCACCGGCCACAGGAACAUAGUGGAGCUGAAGGGGGCUUAUGAAGAUCGACACUCCGUGAAUCUGCUUAUGGAGCUGUGUGCCGGUGGGGAGUUGUUUGAUCGGCUUAUCGUGAAAGGUCAUUAUUCUGAGAGGGAGGCGGCUAAUUUGUGUAGGCAGAUCGUGAUGGUGGUGCAUAACUUUCAUUCCAUGGGGGUGAUGCAUAGGGACUUAAAGCCUGAGAAUUUCUUGUUCUUGAGUAAGGGCGAGGAUUCUCCAUUGAAGGCAACAGAUUUCGGGCUAUCCGUAUUUUUUAAGCCAGGAGAUGUUUUUAAGGACCUUGUUGGAAGUGCUUAUUAUGUAGCUCCAGAAGUAUUGCGCCGACGUUAUGGACCUGAAGCAGAUAUUUGGAGUGCAGGAGUGAUUCUUUACAUUCUUCUUAGUGGGGUCCCGCCAUUCUAUGGAGGUCAUCCAUGGAUGCGUGAAGAUGGUGAUGCAUCUGAUAAGCCUCUUGAUGUUGCUGUUUUAACUAGAAUGAAGCAAUUCAGGGCAAUGAACAAACUCAAAAAAGUUGCUCUGAAGGUAAUUGCAGAAAAUCUAUCUGAAGAAGAAAUUAUAGGUUUGAAGGAGAUGUUCAAAUCCAUGGACACUGAUAACAGUGGAACAAUCACCUUUGAGGAGUUAAAAGCUGGCCUUCCUAAACUUGGUACUAAGCUUUCUGAAUCUGAAGUGAGGCAGUUAAUGCAAGCGGCUGAUGUCGAUGGAAAUGGAACGAUUGAUUACAUUGAGUUUAUAACAGCUACCAUGCAUAUGAAUAGAAUGGAAAGAGAAGAACACUUAUACACUGCCUUCCAAUACUUUGACAAGGACAAUAGCGGGUACAUUACAAUGGAAGAGCUAGAGCAGGCCCUUAGGAAGUAUAAUAUGGGUGAUGAGAAAACAAUAAAAGAGAUCAUUGCUGAAGUUGACACAGAUAGGGAUGGAAGAAUUAACUAUGAUGAGUUUGUUGCCAUGAUGAGAAAAGGCAAUCCAGAGUUAGUCAGUAACAUACGAUGCAAGUAAACUGAAUGUGGCAUGCUUGUCUGCUGGCUUAUAUUCAUAUCUGAACUGGUUGGUUUGUUAUAAGUAUGACCAUGAUCAUAAGUGAUCUCAUUUUCACCACCUGGAAUCGUGAGAUAGCCCUUGCGUUGUGAAAUCAUUAGUGGUUUGUCUCUUCCUGCGCUUUACCAGAGAAAUGGACUAGAUUGCCAUCAAACUGCUGGUGAGUGUAAUCAUAUUGAGGUUCUGCAGAUUUCUUUGGUUUAAUUCUGGAGUGCCAUGAACUCAAACCUUGGAUGCAUUGCAGAUUUUAAAGAGGGUGGAGCAUGGUUUUUAGUUUUUGCUUGCUUGUACCUUGUGCUAGUGCUAGAACACGAAGGAUGCAUUGUAUAAAUGGGCACGGUUAGUUGAUCAUUCAGCGAGUGGAGCGACAUUUCUUAUGGCAUAUUGUGCUACUAAAGUUUGGUUGGUUCACUUGACGCAUUUGGCAAAUGGUGCAAAUCCUUGUGGAGUGUAGCAACCGGCAACUGGAAACUAAAUGAACUCAAGCAGAUGCUAUGGUUCAACCAGUUCAUUUAAAAUGUUUAUUAAGAAUCGGAUAUUGUAAUGUUAUCCAGUUUUAUACAAAAGUGGCAUUCUCAAUUGGUAUCAGUUUGUUUUAAUUCAGGUGGAGCCUUUAUUUCUUUUUUAUUGAAGUAACAAACUUUUUCUACUUUC